AUGGCGCUUCUAAAGAAUCUUGCCAUCGUGGCUGCCACCGGGCUGAUACCUCACAUUUUGGCGAAACAUGUUCACUUCGACUUGGACUUGACUUGGCAGAAGGGCGCACCUGAUGGCAACUUGCGAGAAAUGAUCUUUAUGAACAAUCAGUUCCCAGGCCCUGAGCUACGCCUUGAACAAGGCGAUGAUGUGGAGUUUGUCGUGCACAACAACCUUCCUUUCAAUACAACAGUUCACUUUCACGGCAUUGAGCAGAAGAAUACUCCGUGGUCUGACGGAGUUCCUGGCCUAAGCCAGAAGCCAAUUCAGCCAGGUCAUAGUUGGACAUACCGCUGGACUGCAACCCAGUAUGGAACUUACUGGUAUCAUGCUCACGGCAUGGCUGAAAUUAUGGAUGGGCUGUAUGGGCCAAUUUGGAUAAAUCCUGGUCCUGAUGUACCUCAUCCCUUCAACUUCAUUUCAGAUAACACGGACGAUGUCGAGGCAAUGCGAAGAGCGGAAAAGAACCCUCAGCUUAUUGUCCUCUCUGAUUGGGAUCACUUGACCUCUUCGGAAUAUCAGAGGGCGAUGGAAGAUAGCCGCCUGGAAAUCUUUUGUUCGGAUAGUGUUCUUAUCAACGGCCGAGGAGCAGUAUACUGCCCUGGAACGGAGAAAAUCUCCAGCGUGGAACUUUCCUACCUGAAGACAGCCAUUAACAAUCAGCCACUCACUGACAAGGGGUAUAUGCUUGCCCAACGUUUACGAGGUCCAGGGCAAUUUCCCCCUACCUAUGAGGACAGAAUACCCGCAGGAGUCAACUCCGGUUGCUCUGCUACCACUGGUCUGCACGAGAUCAUUGAAGUUGACCCCAAUGCCGGUUGGGUCAGUCUGAAGUUCAUUAGUGCUUCGUCUCUCAAGGCUCUGAUGUUCUCCAUUGACGAACACCCUAUGUAUAUUUACGAGGUUGAUGGAAGUUAUAUCGAGCCUCAACUCGCUGAAAGUGUCAAUAUUUACAAUGGCGAGCGCUACGCUGCUAUGAUCAAGCUCGACAAGGCCCCGAAAGACUACACCAUCCGAAUUCCCGAUACACAAGGCGAUCAGGUCAUCUCUGGGUUUGCUACACUGAGAUACAAAGGCUCCGAUGACACCACACCCUCUCAACCUUACGUGGAUUAUGGUGGAAGAAACACCUCUGCUUCUGUGACUUCUUUGGACAACAAAGGCAUCAAGCCUUACCCCGCUGUUACAAUUCCUCAGACUGCUGAUCAGCUGGUCAACCUUACUCUCGGUCGUGUGGGCUCCUCUUACACAUGGACUACUUCAGGGGGUGGCUUAUACGACAUGAUGGCGAACUGGGAUGAUCCUAUCCUGUACGACAUCAAUGCCAAAGAUAACCUUGAUCCUCGCACCGUCAUUCAGACCAAGAAUGGUACUUGGGUAGACAUUUUGCUGCAACUUGGUGAAAUGCCCAACACCCCUGCGAUUCAAAGUCCGCAUGUCAUGCAUAAGCAUUCCAGCAAGGCAUUCAUUCUGGGCGUUGGUCCUGGCUUUUUCAGCUGGGACAGCACAGAGGAGGCUCUUGCGGAUCAUCCGGAAUAUUUCCAGAUGGAGAACCCACAGAUGCGAGAUACAUUUGUUACCCUUGGCCCGAAUGGUCCAACCUGGAUGAUUUUGCGAUACCAGGUGGUCAACCCCGGUCCCUUUAUCUUCCACUGCCACAUUGAAACACACAUGGCAAAUGGGAUGGCUGUGGCUAUCCUUGAUGGUGUUGAUGCAUGGCCUCAGAUACCGGCUGGAGAAGACCAGAGCCCUCGUGUCAAAGUCUAG